ACAUUUGGUGAUUUUUUAAGAAAAGUCAUUAGUGAAACAUCACGAGGACAUGAACAAGAUGAACGUUUUACAUAG